AUGGCGGCGAUGGCGGCGCUGGGCCGGCGGCUGCGGGAGCUCGGCCGGGCGGUGGGGUGGAGGGGGGUGCAGGGCCCCCCCAACCCGCAGCCCCCCGGGGUGGUGGAGUCGACGGCCGACUACGCCUUCGUGGAGCGGCUGCUGCCCCCCACCCGCAUCCCCGAGCCCCCCCCGCACCCCACCUACCCCACCCCCUCGGGCUGGAGCCCCCCCAAAGGCCCCCCCCCGGCACUGCCCUACUUCGUCCGCCGCUCCCGACUGCACAACCUGCCCGUCUACGCCCGCCUGGUCAAGGGCAACCGGCGCCUGACCGAGGUGCAGCACGUGGAGGGGGACAUCUGGGCGCUGGAGCGAGAGCUGCGGGAGUUUUUGGGGGGACUGGGGGUGAAGGAGCUGGAGGUGCAGGUGAACGAGGUGACGGGGCGUCUGCGGCUGAAGGGGCACUGGGAGCAGGAGCUGCGGGGCUGGCUGCUGCAGAGGGGCUUCUAGCACCCCGAAAUACACCAGGGGGGACCCCAAAAUUGAUUCUUAGGCACUCACGAGUGGCAGAGGACCCCAAAAU